UGGCACAGAGGCUGGUGGCACUGGGCAGGCACUCGGUGAGCCUGGAGAGCAGCGCGGUGGCCGUGAGCGCCGAGCCCUGCGUGCUGCAGGCAGAGCUCAACUUCGAGCUCCAUGUCACUGUUUCUGGGAAGAAGAUCAAAGUCUCGGAGAUACCUGAGCUGCCCAUUCCUGAGGACUGGAUGAGGGACAAACUGGAGCUGAAUUUCUCCAGAACUCAGCAGGGAGGAGGAGAAGUAGAAGAUGUGGCCUACGACCAACAGUCUAGAACAGCUGUGGUUACAUUCCUCAGGCCUGGAGCAAGCACCAACUUUGUGAGAUGUGCUGAAUACCCUUUCUAUGCCAAUGGAAGGAGCUACAGACUUUCUGUGGCCCCAGUUGUUGAGAUGCAGCUGAAGAAGUUCCAGCCCUACUGUGCGGUGUCCAAGAAGACCAUUCUCCUGAAGGGAUUUAAAGAGAUGGAAGAGGAUGAAGAAAGCAUCCAGGACAUGAUUGAGAUUCACUUUCAGAAGCCAAGUAACAGUGGUGGGGAAAUAGACAUGGUCAAAUAUGUCUCGAAAGGAGUAGCAUGUGUUUGUUUUGAGGAGGACACUGAGAGCACCUGA